AUGUGGUGGGAGUGGGAGGGCGGCGGUGGGGAGGCGCCGCGGGAGGAGACCCCCGUCGAUUUCGACUUCAUCUCCCUCCUUGCCAAGCCCAAGGAUUACUACAAGAUACUGGAAGUAGAUUACAAUGCGUCGGAGGAGACGAUCAGGUCCAGCUAUAUCCGCCUUGCACUGAAAUGGCACCCUGAUAAGAAGCAGGGUGAAGAAAAUUCAACCUCCAAAUUUCAGGAAAUUAACGAGGCAUACCAAGUUCUGAGUAAUCCUGCAAAAAGGCAAGAGUAUGACAAGAAAGGCAUUCUAUAUGUUCAAGAUCAGAAUGUAGUGGACUACCUGAACCGGCACAAGGGGCUAAUACUUACCUGCAAUGGUCUUGGCAUAAGCAGUGCCACGUUUGAAAGCCAAAGACAACUUGAGUUCAUCCUACAACAGAGUUGA